AUGACUGAUAAAUGUUGUUUUGAAUCUUUGGAUACUUCACUUAGGGAUAUAUUGUCAUACUGUUAUACAUCAGGAACUGUUCCACCGUUUGGUGGUAUGCCGAUUGUGCUUGGUGGCGAUUUUCGACAAAUACUACCAGUUGUGACUGAGGGAACAAAGUGUAAGGUCAUCGAAGCAUCGUUGAACAAUUCUUUGUUAUGGCCAUUGUUUAAGGUUUUUUACCUCACAGAGAAUAUGAGGUUACAAAAGAAAGGAAUAAGUGAACAAGAGAAGAGGAAAAUAUCUGAGUUUGCAAAAUGGUUAUUACAGGUUGGUGAUGGAAAUAUUUGUGAUGUAGGUGAUGAUUUUGAUAAAGAUGCGGCAUGGAUAGAAAUACCGCCUGAUAUGUUAAUUGAUAACCCACCUGAUCCAAUUCGGUCUAUAUUUGAUGCUACAUACCCAUAUUUUGAAAGAAAUUAUAACAAUUUCAAUUAUAUUAGAGAGCGUGCAAUCAUCACACCUAAAAAUGUUACUGUGGCUGAGAUUAACAAUUAUGCAAUAGAUUUGUUGCCUGGUCAUAUGAUGAGCUACCUAAGUUGUGAUUCCAUAUGUUCAACAAAUGAUAAUGCCGAGAAUUUGAGUUUAUCAUAUCCACCAGAAUUGUUAAACAGCAUUGAAAUAAGCGGAUUGCCAUCACAUAAGUUAGUUUUGAAAAAAGGGAUGCCUGUUAUGUUACUCAGAAAUUUGAACCAAACAAAUGGUCUGUGCAAUGGGACAAGGUUGAUCAUUACAAAUCUUUUUGAGAAGAUUAUUGAGGCUAGAGUGUUAACAGGAACUCAUGUGAAUCAGAAAGUUUUUUUGCCUAGGAUUGUAUUAACUGGGUCUGACAUAAAGUGGCCAUUUAUUUUGAGGAGAAGGCAAUUUCCUAUUAGAGCAUGUUAUGGAAUGACAAUAAAUAAAAGUCAGGGUCAGUCGUUAAAACAGUUACAUGCUCAAAUUCCUGAAUAUUGGUUUGACUUUGUGGAAUUUAAUCAGCUUCCACAACUGGAGGAUGAUGACAAAGUGCUGACAGACCUGGUUGGUCGUUUGAAGAUGGUGUCUCCAUCAGAGUUUACGACAAUUGAUGGAAGACGUGCAAAGAAACAGUCAACCUACAUACAAAACACAAGGCAUGGAAUUUUGUUAGCUAAGUUGAAGUGUGAUAUCUUUACUGGUAUGGCUUCUUAUGUGACUACAACCGGAGGUCAGAGUUCUCCUCACACUGAAUUUGAUUCCAGUAUUAAAUUUUCAUCAGUCUCAGUGCCUUCAACUCCUCGGACAGAAGGUGAAAUCUUGAUGUUCCCCACCUUAAAGACCUUCGCCUUUAGUGAACUGAAAAGAGCUACCACGGACUUUCAUUCUGCUAAUAUGGUGGGAGAAGGUGGUUAUGGAUGUGUCUUCAAGGGUUGGGUUGAUGGCAAUUCAUUAAGAGCUGCCAAGCCUGGUAAUAGCAUGGUCAUUGCUGUGAAGAGGCUUAACCGACAAAGUUUUCAUGGACACAAGGAAUGGUUGACAGAAAUUAACUACCUCGGAAGGCCGCGUCACCCAAAUAUUGUGAAAUUGAUUGGUUACUGCACUGAGGAUGACAACCGGCUUCUGGUGUACGAAUUUAUGCCUUGUGGAAGCUUGAAUAAUCAUCUAUUUAAAAAAUGUAAUGUUGUCGGAACAGGGGGUUCUGUCUCUCAACCACCGUCAUGGACGCUUUGUAUGAAGAUUGCCUUUGGUGCUGCUAAGGUGCUAGCAUUUCUUCACAGUGGUGACAUAAACGUGAUCCAUCGGAACAUAAAGUGUUCUAACAUCCUCCUGGAUUCAACAUACAAUGCAAAAUUCUGUAGUUUUAGUCUGGCCAAGGAUGGACCAGUAGGCGACAGAAGUCAUAUCUCAACAAGGGUCAUGGGGACAGGUGGAUCUGACCGGCCCUCAGUUGAAUGUUGA